AUGCUGCGGGCAUCGCUCGCCGCCUCGCGCAGACCGCUGGGGCGCGCCGCGGGCCGGGCGCUGUCCGUGGUGCUGAAGCCGCGCCCGCGCCGCCAGCGGCCGGCUGGAGCUGGGCCCAGAAUUCCCCAGGCCGCACCUACGAAAGGCAAGACGUGCCUUUGGCACGGGAACACCAGCUCCGGGUUUCUGGAGCCUCAGCUAGCUUUGUCUUUUGUGAUAGUGCCACCUAGCGAGGGCCUGGAGGCACUGCUGCCUAUUUCUCUGGCAGUUGCCCGGACCACUGCGACACUCUUCGCCGAAGCGCACGCCAACCCGCCCCCAAACUUCUCCAGACCUGUGGGGUCUGAAAAGCACGAAGCGUCGGCGACCGACUACCCAUCAUAUAUUACCGACCAGCGACACUCCAUGGUCUCCUCGCCACGAAUCAUCGGGACGUUCCCGGCACCGUCGCCGCUGACUGAGAGCGGAGACCUAGCCCCCCACAGCAGGAAACAGGGUCCCGCGCGGGUAGCCCUUGGGAGCACGCGGCACCGGGUCACGCGGGAGCUGAAGCUGCUCGAGUCCAUCUUCCACCGCGGCCACGAGCGCUUCCGCAUUGCCAGCGCCUGCCUGGACGAGCUGAGCUGCGAGUUCCUGCUGGCUGGGGCCGGAGGGGCCGGGGCGGGGGCCGCGCCCGGACCGCAUCUGCCCCCACGGGGGUCGGUGCCCGGGGAUCCCGUCCGUAUACACUGCAACAUCACGGAGUCGUACCCUGCUGUGCCCCCUAUCUGGUCGGUGGAGUCUGAUGACCCUAAUUUGGCCGCCGUCUUGGAGAGGCUGGUGGACAUAAAGAAAGGGAAUACUCUGCUGUUGCAGCAUCUGAAGAGGAUCAUCUCCGACCUGUGUAAACUCUAUAACCUCCCUCAGCAUCCAGAUGUGGAGAUGCUGGAUCAGCCCUUGCCAGCAGAGCAGUGCACACAGGAAGACGUGUCUUCAGAAGAUGAAGAUGAGGAGAUGCCUGAGGACACAGAAGACCUAGACCACUAUGAAAUGAAAGAGGAAGAGCCAGCCGAGGGCAGGAAGUCUGAAGAUGACGGCAUCGGGAAGGAAAACUUGGCCAUACUAGAGAAGAUUAAGAAGAACCAGAGACAAGAUUACUUAAACGGUGCAGUGUCUGGCUCGGUGCAGGCCACUGACCGGCUGAUGAAGGAGCUCAGGGAUAUAUACCGAUCACAGAGUUUCAAAGGCGGAAACUAUGCAGUGGACCUGGUGAAUGACAGUCUGUACGAUUGGAAUGUCAAACUCCUCAAAGUUGACCAGGACAGCGCUUUGCACAACGAUCUCCAGAUCCUCAAAGAGAAAGAAGGCGCUGACUUCAUCCUACUUAACUUUUCCUUUAAAGAUAACUUUCCCUUUGACCCGCCAUUUGUCAGGGUUGUGUCUCCAGUCCUCUCCGGAGGGUAUGUCCUGGGUGGAGGUGCCAUCUGCAUGGAACUUCUCACCAAACAGGGCUGGAGCAGUGCCUACUCGAUAGAGUCCGUGAUCAUGCAGAUCAGCGCCACGCUGGUGAAGGGGAAGGCGCGGGUGCAGUUUGGAGCCAACAAAUCUCAGUACAGUCUGACCAGAGCACAGCAGUCCUACAAGUCCUUGGUGCAGAUCCACGAAAAAAACGGCUGGUACACACCCCCAAAGGAAGAUGGCUAACCCCGGAGCGUCACCCCAUCCUCCUUCCCAGGCGCCACUGGACCAAUUACCUUUUGAAUGCUGUAUUUGGAUCUCACGCUGCCUCUGUGGUUCCCUCCCUCGGUUUUCCUGGACGUGAUAGCUCUGCCUGUUGCAGGACAGUGACGGCUAUUCUAAACGCUAAGGAAAAAACCCACACACAACUGUCUCAAGUACUCCAGACUGACUGACAGACCAGCCAACCACCUUGCUGGAACCCUUGCUAGCAGGCAUUCUUAUACGAGAAACUUCGAGCCUCCUUCUCUUGCUGGAACUCAGCUGUGCUCCAGACCAGAGCCUCCUCACCUAUGCUAUGGAUUUUUAAUUUAUUUUCUCUUAUUUCAUGUACACUGCUUUUUUUGGUUACAGUGUAUGAUGGAUGUGUAUGAAAAAAUGUAUCUUUGGGAAAACAAUUACAGUUUGUUAAUUUGAA